AUGCCUUACCGAUGGGAUAGCUUCCCAGUCAGCUUUGUGGUCAACGAAGAGGAGGCUGCACUUGGAGAGAUGCUCAUCAAUGGCCUAGCCCUAGGAUAUAUAGAGUCCGGAUUCGGUGUCGCUGGGCAUCCUGCUGGCCUAAAUGUCAACUCUGCCAUCCAAGCCAAGACCGAGAAUUGGGACGAUGCAAUUGCCUUCCGGUUCCGAUACACGUGCUACAAGCACAACAUGGUCAAAGAGGGCGAGCGAGUUUCCAAGAUACCUGCCGGCGAACUCCUCAUCAAGAAAGCCCGUCUCGAGACUAUCAACCAACUUCAAGACGACAUAAAAUCCAAUAUACCUGAUGUCCUAGAGAUCCGCAGUCGCCUAGCAAAGGUCACAUUGUCUGGGGAAGAUCAAGCAUCCGAGACUUUGAGGCGUUUUUUCGAUUCGAUUCAGCAACGCAGCAAUUUGUUGCUGAACAGAAUGGAAGAAGAUCUCCAGAACAUGGAGAAGGGUUGA